AGGGGAGUUUAUUUCCAGUGCGCAGUGACGUCACUUAGAGAGAGGUAGGUAAAGUGCCACAACUUGUAUCGCAAUCUACCAAAGAUGACGUCUUCCACCACAAAAACAUCUCGAAAUAAGAAAAUCCAACGGGCCUCUUCCCAUAAAACUUAUUCUUGGAUCCCGCCAGGAGUACUAGCAGUUGAUGAAUAUUUUGCACAACUACCAAAUAACAAAGUGCCUAGAUGGCAAUCAUCAGGAGAAGACUACAGAGAGAAACAACUACAGAUUCAAGUUCCUAAACAAGAUCUUUCUUUAGAAUAUUGUAAAUAUCUUGAAAAAACUCAUCAUAAAUCAUUUGAAGAAUUUGUAAAUACUAGAAAUGAAAUUGCUCUUGACAUCGCUUAUGUCAGAGAACAUCUCGAUAAGCAAAAUGAAUGUGCUAAAUGUCGAGGUACUAUGCUGAAAGGUGAUGUGGCUGUAAUUGCUCCAAAAUUUGGUGAAUCUGUGUCGUGGCAUCCUGCUUGUUUUGUUUGUUGUAUCUGUGAUGAAUUACUAGUCGAUCUCACACAUUGUGUUAAAGACAGAAAACUUUAUUGUGAAAGGCAUUAUGCUGAACAAAUAAAGCCGAGAUGUUCCUUCUGUCAAGAACUUAUUUUCUCUGGUGAAUAUACUAAAGCCAUGUCAAAAGAUUGGCAUUCAACUCACUUCUGUUGCUGGCAAUGCGAUGAAACAUUGACGGGACAACGAUAUGUUUUGAGAGAUGAUCAUCCAUAUUGUACAAAAUGUUAUGAGCAAGUUUUUUCUAAUAGUUGUGAUGAAUGCGGCAAAGUUAUUGGAAUAGAUUCAAAAGAUCUCUCUUAUAAAGAAAAACACUGGCAUGAAUCAUGUUUUUUGUGUAAUAAAUGUAAAGUGUCAUUAGUUGAUAAACCUUUUGGGUCAAAAGCUGAAAAAGUGUAUUGCGCAAAUUGUUAUGACGCUGCUUUUGCAUCUAGAUGUGAUGGUUGCAACCAAGUGUUUAAAGCAGGAACGAAGAAGAUGGAAUAUAAAGGGCGCCAAUGGCAUGAAAAAUGCUUCACCUGUUCUGUAUGCAAAAAUUCCAUUGGCACUCAAAGUUUUAUUCCUCGAGAAAAUGAUAUAUACUGUACAACAUGCUAUGAGCAAAAAUAUGCUACAAGAUGUAUUAAAUGCAAUCAGACUAUAACUGCAGGGGGAGUGACAUAUAGAAAUGAACCAUGGCAUAGAGAUUGUUUCUCUUGUACCAAUUGUGGAACAUCUCUUGCUGGUCAGCGGUUUACAUCUCGAGAUGAAAGACCAUAUUGUGCUCAGUGUUUUGGUGAACUUUUUGCAAAGAAAUGCACUUUAUGUGUUAAACCUAUCACUGGAAUCGGUGGAACACGAUUUAUCUCCUUUGAAGACCGUAAUUGGCAUAACGAUUGUUUCAAGUGUGCUGAAUGUCAAACUUCUCUUGUAGGAAAAGGAUUCAUAACAGAUGGACCUGAUAUUCUGUGCCCAGAUUGUGCCAAACAACGUCUUAUGUGAUGCUCGCCAUAAUUUUGCUUACUUAGUUUAAAUGAACUUUUUUUUUAAUCCUUUUUUUCUACUUAAGUAUUUGCCUAAGCGCACAGUUCAAGAUAACAUACUAAAAAAGAUAACUGCUUCUUAAUGAAAACAUUAAAUGUAGAUAAAAGUUUGUCAUUUAUAAAAGCCAUAUUUUCAAGAACCUGAAAAGUAGUUCAAAAUAUUUCAGUUCUAAACAAACUUUUGGAAACUUCCAGAUUGGAAAACUAAGGGGAAGGAAAUAUUGAAUGAACUUAAUUUUAAACUGGCAUAAAAUU